AUGGAGGGCGCUUCGUCGUCCGCCGCCACCGCGGCGCGGGGCCGCGCGGACGAGGUGGGGUCGGUGAUGGCUGAGAACCGGCAGCGGCUGGAGGAGCGCGGGGAGCGGCUGCGGCGGCUGCAGGACAAGGGGGCGGAUUUAGAAGAGAGCGCGGCCGGGUUCGCUGAGCUGGCGCGCCAGCUGGCGGAGAGGGAGCGGCAGAAGGCGAAGUGGUUCGGGCUGGGGUGA